AUGUCGUUUGUUCAACCUCUCUGCGAUGAAUUCCAUCUGCAUGUAGUCGUUUUCUUCACCAUGCUGCUUGUUAGCGGGUGCUGUGGACAGUCAUUUCUACCUAGAUUCCUAGGACAAGUAACAAACUUCACUGCAGCUGUUGGGAAGACAGCAGAACUCAGCUGUCGAGUCAGCAAUCUCACUAGAUACAAGGUCGCGUGGUUUCAUAUGGAUCGAAAGAUGCUCCUGACAAUCCAUACGACAGUGGUGACAAGAAUCCCCAGGUUUGGGGUAACAAGGGAUGAUGAGACCACGUGGACGUUGCACAUUGAUAAUGUAAAGCAGGAGGACAGCGGGCAGUACAUGUGCCAGAUAAACACUGAACCCAUGAAGAAGUUGAUUGGUUACCUGGACGUCGUUGUUCCCCCGGUGAUUGUGGACGACCGCAGCAGCAGAUCGAGUGUGAUAGUCCAAGAAAACGGAAAUGUGACAUUAAUCUGCCAGGCAGAAGGUAACCCUGAGCCUCGGAUCUCUUGGAUGAGAGAAGACAAGAAGCAAAUAUCUUUAAACAAGCGACGUAAAGUGGAGAAGCACGAAGGAUCCACCUUGGAGCUGAAAAAGGUAACGCGGAGAGAUAUGGGAGCCUAUUUGUGCAUCGCUUCCAAUGGAGUCCCGCCGUCCGUCUCCAAACGGAUAGAACUCAAAGUCCAAUUUUCGCCGAUCGUUUUGCUCCCAAACCAGCUUAUGUCAGCGCCACUCGGGUCUUCUGUUUGGCUGGAAUGUAAGACCGAAGCUUAUCCUCGCGCCGUCACCUUUUGGAAGCACAACCAAAGCAUGGUCAUGUCCACCAACAAGUACAAGCUGGAGGAGUACCAUGAAGAUGACUACACAACAACCGUUAAACUCACCAUCAAUGAGCUGGAGCCCGGAGACUUCGGCAAGUACCUGUGUUACUCGCGCAACUCCUUUGGGGAGAACGACGGGACGGUGGAGCUCCACGAAAUGAUGACCGAUAAGACGAGGAUAAAAAAAGUUAAACAUGAAGGCUCCGAGGACCUGAAGGUGCUCGAGCAGUUUCCAGUCGAGCGCGACGGAAAUAGGGGUCAGAAUCACGUGAUCCUGGACCGCGACGAGAGCGGCAUCCUCCCCGUCGGCAACACCAACAUUAAAAAGGACGCGGGGAAAGUUGGCGUGGAAGAGAAGGGGAAGCUCGGAAGAGACCGGGGCUCCGCGGGGAUCUUCACAAAUAUUAUGUCCAACAACAAAGGCCCCGUUGCUGUGCCCACUGCGUCCUUGCUACUGGCUUUGGCACUGCCCUGCCUCUACAAUCGGCUGGUUAGAUGAAGGAUACUUCACCUCGGCCGGAGGAAGGAACGCGACUGCUUACUCUCUGGCUCUCCGCAACCCAUAGUGUCAUCUUAAAAUGUGGUCAGAUUCUGUUGUGAGGUGUCAGUUAUAGACUAAUGCUCAUAUUGGUAC